AUGCCUCCAGUUCAAUCCAAACUUCGAGACAUCCAUAUUUGGAUGGCCGAAGAGAACGAUUACACUCUCCCCGGUUGCCCAGAAGAAAUCGAAUGGGGUGAAGACUACUUCUAUGAACCAGACGCGGGCAUAAACCUCCUGGUCCGUAAAUCCUCCAAAAAACCAUUUCCAGUCACCAUUCGCGCCGGAAUGCAGCGUUCUGGAAAAAUUUUCUUAUGGUGUAACGGCCCGUGUGAUGUCAGAAUGAUCUGUGAACGAUACCUCCCGGUUUCGUCACAAUGCUUCAUUCCACGUCGUAUCAGCCCUCCUGAUGAACUCGUUUUGUUGGCGAGUAUCCCCACCUCCAACCCCCCCGUUGUUCAAACCUCCAUGCUUCAUAACUUCCCACAGGAAAUCUUCUUGAAGGUCUGUGGAAAGCUUCGUCUCAAUGAUCUCGUCGACUUGUCGCAAACUUGUCGUUCCUUCUUGAGUAUGAUUUCUCAGGAGCAAUUGCUUUGGCACUCGAAGCUCAAAGAGACUCAACAUCAUCCGCUCGGUUUGGAAGAGUUCGAUAAUACGAUCAAUUACUUCGGCGAGGCUGUCAAGUAUAUUGACGAUAUCACCGAAAGCCCCAACUGCUGCCGCCAAUGUCUCUCUUCUUCCGCUCAGAACCGUACCUUCGUUGGCAAGAUUAAUCCAGUAUUCCUCUGCGAAACUUGUCUUCACACCAGCUAUCCGGAUACAAUGCCAUUCCACCUACCAAUCUCUACCCCACACAACGCCGUUUCAGACUGGGGUUACUACGUUGCAUCCUGGUACCGCUACGGACGUCUCGUCCCCGGGAUGACAUUCCACUCGUACUUUUCACGAAACCGUAUCAACACCCUCAUCGAAAAGGGCCAGAUACGUAUGCCAAAGCACUUCCUCCCCAGUGACAUCCUCCAGUUUCUAAUUAAACCAGUUCUUGAAAACGUCCCAGCCGUUGGAAGGUUUGAUUUCGAAGGAGGGGAUCAAUUCUCCAGGUUUCAAUUUUGGAACAAUAGACUUCAGUGGAACAGAAGCAGGGAUACCAUGAUGAUUCGCACUUUCGAUGGUCGUGGGUUGCACGAAUUGGGUGAAUCUUUCGACGCUUCACCUGCCGACCAGUUCGUUAUGUUUGUCUACGUCUCUACUGAUGAUCUACAAGGCUUUUAA